AGGGGAGGGAUCGUCAACGGCGACACCAUAAAUGAUACAAACCAACGCGGACAAGGGACUCCACCACCACCACCAACUUCCCCUCAAAAUUUCUGUCUUCAUUCUUUCUCCGCACUCAGCUUACCAUUUGUAAAUUACAAAAUUGCAAUUGGAUUACCCGCCCGCCUCUUAUCCUGAUAUCGAAAUGUAGCCUUUUAAUUUUUAGUGUAUUAUAAUUUUUCUACGGCUACAUUCAAUGCAAAUGAAAAUUUUGCGCUGCCGUUACCGAUACCCAAAAAAAAUGGAAGAAAGAACAAUUACUCCUACAAAUAUUGAAAAGCUGGAAAGAUUUGAAUACUCGAACACUUUGCAGGAGUUAUAAUAAUAAUAAAUAAUACUCCUCUUCCUUUCUCUUUAAUUUUAAUUUUUAAACCGUGUUCUCUAUUACAUUCAUCACCUUCACUCGGCCUCGUUUUGCCAUUUCGAAUUACUCUGCACAAAGGUCCUCAAUACGCUGUCGUUUUCUUGUAGAAACAACCUUGUUUUGUCUUUAAAUAAGGCUCAUUGAAAUAACCGGAGAUUUUCAGCUGAUACAAGUUUUUAGAUAAUCAUUUUCGCUGUUGAUUACACUACCAUGAAGCAUAUGUUGAACCGGAAAAUUUUUUUUUUAGGCUUUGAUUUUACACAUCUUAUUCUGACGGAUUGAAGAGAGAUAUCUACUGUUCAUUUCUCGUUAUUUCGAUUAUCUCUACCGCAACAGAGCACGAAUUUUCAGUAGAACUUGGCUCUUUUUUUUUUUUUUUUUGUUGGUUUCCCUCCUGGUGUAGAAUCGUCGAUACUGAGAGUUUCAAGCGGAGUAUUAUUCUUAGCUGAAUGGUGUCAAAAGAUGCCAAGCAUUAGAGCUCCAGCUGCCAAGAGGACGACGACUCUCACGGUAGCUGUGAAAUGUCGGCCAUUGACAGAAAGAGAUCGUGGCCGAAAUAUAAUUAGAGUUCAUAACGAUAAGGAAGUACUUGUUUUGGAUCCUGACCUAUCAAAGGACUAUCUGGAUCGCAUACAGAAUAGAACUAAAGAACGCAGAUAUAAUUUUGAUUACGUCUUCGGCCCUAUCUCAACGAAUUUGGACGUAUACCAAAGAAGCAUACAUUCUACAAUAGCAGGGGUGAUUCAAGGUCUGAAUGCAACUGUAUUUGCUUAUGGUUCAACAGGAAGCGGUAAAACAUAUACAAUGGUAGGGACUCAAGAUGACCCUGGACUUAUGGUUCUCAGUCUUAAAACAAUAUUUGAUCUUAUAAAGAAAGAUAAUAGCUGCGAUCAAUUUGAAGUUACUUGUUCUUAUCUUGAAGUUUACAAUGAGGUUAUCUAUGACUUGCUUGAAAGGUCAUCAGGUCACCUGGAACUCAGAGAAGACCCAGAGCAAGGAAUAAUUGUUGCUGGCCUUAGAUGCAUCAAGGUAAACUCAGCUGAUAAGAUUCUAGAACUUUUGAAUUUGGGGAACAGUAGAAGAAAAACUGAAAGCACUGAAGCUAAUGAAACUUCAUCCAGAUCACAUGCAGUUUUGGGGAUAAAUGUGACAAGGAAACAGAGUAAGAAGUAUCCCAAUCAGGUCAUUAGGGGAAAACUUUCCCUUGUCGAUCUUGCUGGCAGUGAACGAGCAUCUGAAACAAAUAGUGGAGGCAAAAAGUUGAGAGAUGGUGCCAAUAUUAAUCGAUCUCUUCUUGCACUAGCAAACUGCAUAAAUGCCCUUGGCAAGCAACAGAAAAAGGGUCUAGCUUAUGUUCCUUAUAGAAACAGCAAAUUGACACGGAUUCUUAAAGAUGGUCUGAGCGGUAAUUCCCAAACAAUAAUGAUUGCUACAGUAUCACCAGCCGAUAGUCAGUAUCACCACACAGUUAAUACGUUAAAGUAUGCUGACCGAGCAAAAGAAAUCCGGACACACAUCCAGAAAAAUAUCGGCACCAUAAAUACACACGUGUCAGACUACCAAAGGAUGAUCGACACUCUACAGAAUGAAGUGAGCCAGUUGAGAAAGGAGUUAUCAGAAAAAGAAUCUCAACUGAGUGCUAAGCCUGCUGAGAAAUCUGUGGAUGAUGAAAUGUCAUGGUUGGAUGGGUUGAGCCAAGAAACCAGUGAAAAUGUUCAGGAAAGGAUAAACUUGCAGAAGGCUCUAUUUGAACUGGAGGAAACUAACCUUCAUAACCGCACUGAACUCCAACAACUUGAUGACGCUAUUGCAAAACAGCAGGAAAUUGAAAAAGAUGGAGCAGUUGUGCAGGCUUUGAGACAGAGGCGGCAAGUGAUUCUUGACAAUAUCCGUGACAAUGAUGAACUUGGUGUCCAUUACCAGAUGGAAAUUGAAGCAAAUGAGAAGCGCAGGCAUCAGCUACAAGAAAUGAUUGAAGAUGCAAUCAGCAACAAUGGCAACAAAACCUAUUUGCGAGUUCUGAGUCAAUACAGACUCCUGGGAAUUGCAAACACUGAGCUCCAGUUUGAAAUGGCUAUGAGAGAUCAAAUUAUUUGCAGCCAGAGGGAAGCACAGAGGAAUAUGUGGAAUCUGCUGCUGAGUUUGGGACUUGAUGAGAAGCAGUUAUUGGAGCUUACCGAGAAACAAGGGAUUACAAUUGAAGACUAUAUGCCAACGCCUCAAGUUGGAGUAAGAUACUAUCAGCCUUCAUUAGAUAUGGGAUGUGGAAGAUACUCACCUUCAUCUUGUUCCACGAAUAAUAAGUUGCACACUAGAGCACCCUGUGGUUUUCCACAACACCAAAACUUGAGUGUCAGGUCACUUUCCAAGGACAACUGGACAGCGCCUGGUACAUAUUGCGGAGAGGAGCAUCAUAGUUCAUAUUAUUACAUGUCUCUCAAUCACUCACCGGCAGCAUACAUGAGGAUUAGUAGUCAGCACUGGUUUGGAAAUGGGCCUAACUCACAGUACUGCACCCCUGAUAGAUCUCCUCUUUAUUUGCGUAACUCAUUCCCACAGAUGAGAACCAUGGUCUCGCCUUACAGCAAUAGUAGGCAGGAGCAGGAGCAGGAUAUAUGGACAAACUCUAUCAGUCAACAAAAUCAAGCAACUCUGGGAGUGGGAAUGCAUACUAGUCAGGACACCCAGGGAAGAACCAAUAUGACUUGUGCUAGCGACAUGUAUAAUGUGUUUAGAAAUAGGCCAUUUGAGAAUAUUCCUGCCGGUCCUCAACUUGUUUCUGCAAAAGCCAAUUCCUCUAAUCCACCAGAGACAUCACAGCUACCUUCUUUUGUUACUUCGAGAAAAAGUUCAUUUAGUCCCUGACUGUUGAUUCUUAUCUCUCCAAAGUUCAAAAAACUUUAUGCCGACUGCCUAAUCUCUUAGCCUCCUCUUCAUGUCUUUGCGCCCGAGGAUUGUACAUAAUUUUGACUAUACUAGGAGUUAGGACCAUCGAGAGAUGAUUGUAGCCAAGGGCAAACAGCCGAGUCCUUAUUCUGUCCCUUUUCUUGUCCCCUGCGAUUCAUAUCAUUCUUUUACCUUCUCUCUGUUUCAGAAUGUUUCCUGAACUACGUAGGCUCGUGAUUUUGAAUGGGAUUUAAUUGUACAUAUAUGUGGCAGAGGGUAGUAGUAGCAGCAGCCCCUGAAUUAUCUGUAAUGGAGCAGCGGUAAAGGCACUCCUUCAAACUUCCAUCAGAAAACGGAGAAAUCUAGAGGCUGGUUUCUUCUAGCGUAGAAUUUUUGACAAACAUUGUUGCAAAGCUCGAAGAAUAUUUUGCCACUCGAGUUGCAGCUUCAAUUUUUAUGGGCUACUUCCCUUACAGAUUUCAUAUGUACAAUGCAUUUGAUUGUGCGCCUGAAGGCGUCAUUAUUAGCAUUAGUUACAAAUCAUCACAACAAACUAUUACUACUA